AGAGGAGAGGAGAGGAGAGGAGAGGAGAGGAGAGGAGAGGAGAGGAGAGGCCCUCACUCUGCUUGCUUUACUCCAACCAAGGAGAACCAGGAGAUCCACGGAAAACCCUGGUAAAACCAGCUAGGUCAGACAGCCAUGGAGGCCCAGGUGAGGGAUCUAUCCCUCCUGUCUCCCCCCACCCUGACCCCGGCCGUACCCCACUACGUGAAGUUAGGUCUCACUGUGGUCUACACUGUUUUCUACUCCCUGCUAUUCCUCUUCAUCUACCUACAGCUGUGGAUGGUGCUGCGCUACAAACACAAGAGGUUGAGCUACCAGACGGUGUUUCUCUUCCUGUGUCUGCUGUGGGCUGCGCUGAGGGCCGUUCUCUUCUCCUUCUACUUCAGGAACUUUGUGACGGCCAACACCCUGGCACCCUUCCCCUUCUGGCUGCUCUACUGCAGUCCCGUCUGCCUUCAGUUCUUCACCCUCAGCCUCAUGAACCUCUACUUCGUACAGGUUGUGUUCAAGGCUAAAUCUAAAUAUGCACCAGAGCUUCUGAAGUACAGGUUACCCUUGUGCCUCCUCUUCCUGUCCAUCAGUAUGGUCUUCCUGGUAGUAAACGUGACCUGUGCCCUGCUAGUGAGGAUGAGCACCGCUGAGGCACAGACCGUUGUACUGGUCCGAGUAGCCAUCAACGAUACACUGUUUGUCCUGUGUGCCAUCUCCCUCUCCCUCUGCCUCUACAAGAUCGCCAAGAUGUCCCUGGCUAAUAUCUACCUGGAGUCCAAGGGAACCUCGGUGUGCCAGGUGACAGCCAUAGGAGCCACAGUCACCCUACUCUACACAUCCAGAGCCUGUUACAACCUGCUGGUUCUGGCCCUCACCAACAUCAAGAGCAUCAACUCUUUCGACUACGACUGGUACAAUGUAUCUGACCAGGCAGACCUGCAGUCGACCCUGGGGGACGCUGGGUACAUUGUGUUUGGGGUGAUUCUGUUUGUCUGGGAGCUGCUGCCCACGUCUCUGGUCGUAUACUUCUUCAGGGUCCGACGGCCGAACCAGGACAAGACGGGGACGGGGCUCCCGGGACACGUCUUCUCGUCCAGGGCCUAUUUCUUUGACGACCCUCGACGUUAUGACAGCGAUGAUGACCUGGUAUGGAGCAUCAUCCCUCAGAACAUACAGGCCAGCUAUGACUGCAGCAGCAGCAGCACAGUGUAUAUAGGAGGGGAGGAGCCUCACACAGCCCUGCCCCCAGAGGAACUCAACUCUUAUUGAAGACUUCCUAUUGGCCCUGAACCUUAUUGGAGAGCUCUGAUUGGUCCGGAACUCUUACAAGAGCUCCUAUUGGUCCAGAGCUCUUUUUGAAGACUUCCUAUUGGCCCGGUCUCUUUUUUUUUGCACACGCCUACACUGAUGACCUCACACCUGAGGGCCUCGGAUCGAGACACAAGUAGGUGAAUAUCACCCUGGACUUUAUUCAUUCUAUUUUCUACCAACUAUUUUGAUAAAUAAAGUCUUAAGUUAAAAAAAAAAGUGAAACAUAUUUUCUCAAGAGCAGUAAGUAUUGAGAUGGUCUUAGGGGGCUUAACUUAACUUAACUUGCACUAAAAAGUAUGAAUAUAUAAAAAGCUAAGAGCUGAUUUGCAGUGUACAGUAUCUGAAUAUGUUUAUACGAAAGUAUUACCUGAAUCCACUAUUUUAAAAACAUCUUUACUGUAUAGACGCCAACAUGAUGUAUACAAUAAUUCAUAUAGAAAACAUCUUUACUGUAUUGAAGCCAACAUGUCGUAUAGAAUCAUUCAUAUACCGGUAUUUCCUAAUCUUGUAUGUAAUAUCUAUCCAUUUAUAUUCUCAAUGUCUCCUUUUCAUAUGUUUUUAACACAAGAAGCUAAAAUGGUUCUUAGAGGCAUUUUUUAUCUUUGCUGAGGAGGGAGGUGAUGAACCGUACAUGUUCUGUGUGUCAUGUUCUGUUUUGUCAUGUUCUUCAUGUUCAAAUACAUUUAAACUCAGUUUUUCACAA